AGGCGGCGGGACCCGACGGGGCGGGUCUCCGCCGCAGAGGGCGGAGCGGUUUCAACAAGCCCUGAAUGAGUCCGCGGGGGCGGCUAGUCUCGGCUCCGAGGAGGCGGCAUGCAGCUGCAGGUCGCGGUGCCCUCGGUGGGGCUGCAGCUGUCCGAGGGCGACCAGAGCCCGGAGAAGGCGCGCACGGUGUUCAAGGUGGAAAUCCUGUGGAACGGGAGGAAACAUUGCAUUGAAAAGCGCUACAGCGAGUUCCAUGCCCUCCAUAAAAGGAUCAAGAAGAGAUGCAGAGUCCCAGACUUCCCACCCAGGCGUGUCCCCAACUGGAUGACGAAAGUCCUGGAGCAGCGACGGCAGGGCCUGGAAGCUUACCUCCAGGGCAUCUUGCUAUGCAAUACAGAGCUUCCCAAGGAACUUCUGGACUUCCUGAAACUCUGGCAGUUUGAGCAGGAGCACAAGGCAGAUCUUGGCCCUGGUUACCUGCUGUCCCACCGGCCGGUCAUAAGUUUCCAAAGUGAUCCAUACAUCUUUCCGGCUUCCACAGACUUGCUUCCCGACGUGAUCCUGAGCGGAGUGCUGCAGGGUUUCUAUGCACCCCGGACGACCUUCUGCCUGCAGUCAAAGCUCUUUGGGGCUCUGCCACCCGCCGACUCGGCGUCCUCUCCUUUGCAACCGGCCUAGGGAACGCUCAGAGGAUCGAGUGCAGCUCUGUUCGUUUGCGGAAAAGCAACUGCCGGCUUCCUCCUUGCAUUGUACAUUGGAAAGAGGUUGGGGACAAGAGUACACCUGGGGGAGCCACUUCUUGAGGCAGGCAGUGGGAACGAAAUGCAGUAGGUUGUUUUGUUAGACUGCUGAGCUCCAGUAGAGUGCAGCUAACACGGGCAGGGCUCCUUGCCACUUCUGGCAGAGCUGUGGCUCUCAGGUGUUUCCAGGUGACAGCUCUUGUCAGCCGAUGUGAGUGACAAGCAGCUGCGAGUCAGGGAGGUACGCAUGCCUUCCUCCAAGCUUCAUGGGCUGGAAGCAAGAGCGGCACAACAGCAGCUGGGGGCAGGUACUGACUCAGGUCAGGUGCUGACAAUGCAAGAUGCUCCUAGUGUUUGUGUGCACAGUGACGCCACAUUGAUAGUCUCCCAGCCUUCUGUCUAGUCCAAAGGGAGGCAGCAACUGCUCCCUCACUGCAGCGGCGAGAAACCACUGCCAACUUGGCAUGGAUCUGGUCCAGUUGGCACCUUAAUGCAGGUGUAGCCAACGUGGUGCCAUCCAGCUGCCAACAGCCCCCCAACUCCCAUCAGCCCCAACCGGCUGUGGUCUAACAACACCCAGAGUGUAUCAGCCUGGGGAAAGCUGCAGUGAUGGGACACAGGUAGCAGAGCCCUCCCAGAGGAGUCCGGGUUUUUCUACAGCAUGGCGGGAGACCAGCAGCUCCUCUAAGCUAGCCCGAUAGUUUGGGUCAUUCCUGCUGCAGAAGAUAACUGCUUUCUCAGUGGGGUAGAUGGUCUACUUUAACAAAAAUGGCUAUGCAAUAAAAACACUUCCACUAGAAA